CAGUGCUGUGGCUGUGUAUCGUAUUUUCUUCUUUUUCGCAUAUUCAUCAUCAGAUCCCAACCGAGAAGAGGCAAAAAAAAAAAAAAGGAGAGGAAGCAGAAGCAAAAGCAAAAGGAAGAAGACAACAAGUGCCACCUCUGCCUGUCUCUCUUUCUCUCUCUCCUUCCCUCCUCUUCACUGGGUUUUCCUUUCUCUCUCUCUCUAGAAGUUUUCUGUCCUUAUCUUCUGCUUUUUAGGGUCCUUCAUUUUCUUUUUUUUUUCUCGGGAAAAAGAGGAGAGAAAAGCAAAGUAGACGAGAGGGAAACAAAGAGAAAUCGCAAUCUCCUUGUAAUGGGGAAGAAGGUUUCCUGAGUGGUGUGAAUAGUUUCUGGGUUCUUUUCUUUCUCAUCCCACCUGGGUUUUGUUUCGAAGAUCUAAGAUCUAGGGUUUUGAAGCAAGAGGAGCUGUAGCUGAAAUCCCCCUGUCGACAGUCCCGUGAGAUAUCUGUCUUGUCUCUGUAAGCGUACGAUAAGAGAUGAUGCAUCGUCCCCCGCCGGAAGAUUUCUCCCUGAAGGAGACCAAACCCCAACUCGGGGGAGGGAAGGUCACCGGAGACAAGCUGACAAGUACAUAUGACCUGGUCGAGCAAAUGCAGUAUCUGUAUGUCCGUGUCGUCAAGGCCAAGGAGUUGCCCGGGAAGGAUGUGACCGGUGGCUGUGACCCUUACGUCGAAGUUAAACUCGGAAACUACAAGGGCACCACUCGGCAUUUCGAGAAGAAAUCAAACCCUGAGUGGAACCAAGUUUUUGCCUUCUCAAAGGACAGGGUCCAGGCCUCUUUCCUCGAGGUUGUUGUGAAAGAUAAGGACUUUGUGAAAGAUGAUUUCAUGGGUCGUGUUGUGUUUGACUUGAACGAGAUCCCGAAGAGAGUUCCGCCCGACAGUCCAUUGGCACCACAAUGGUAUAGGCUAGACGACAGGAAAAGCGAUAAAGUUAAGGGAGAGCUUAUGUUGGCCGUCUGGUUCGGCACUCAGGCUGAUGAGGCAUUCCCGGAAGCUUGGCACUCAGAUGCUGCUACCGUGAGUGGGACCGAUGCCCUUGCCAACAUCCGGUCCAAGGUUUAUUUGUCUCCUAAGCUUUGGUACCUUAGGGUUAAUGUCAUCGAAGCUCAAGAUUUGAUACCGAGCGAUAAGGGUAGGUACCCUGAAGCUUAUGUGAAAGUGAUACUCGGAACCCAGGCAUUGAGGACCAGAAUAUCUCAGAGCAGGACCAUUAACCCGAUGUGGAACGAGGAUCUGAUGUUCGUGGCAGCUGAGCCGUUUGAGGAACCGUUAAUACUCAGUGUCGAUGAUAGAGUUGCUCCGAACAAGGACGAAGUUCUGGGGAAAUGUGCAAUCCCGUUGCAGUACGUGGAUAGGAGGUUCGAUCACAAACCCGUUAACAGCAGGUGGUAUAACCUGGAGAAACACGUUAUGGUGGAAGGAGAGAAGAAAGAGAUCAAAUUCGCGAGCAGGAUUCACAUGAGGAUCUGUUUGGAAGGCGGAUAUCACGUUCUCGAUGAAUCCACGCACUACAGCAGUGACCUUAGGCCUACCGCUAAACAGCUGUGGAAGCCCAGCAUCGGCGUCCUGGAAUUAGGUAUCUUAAACGCCACGGGUUUGAUGCCUAUGAAGAACAAAGACGGUCGGGGAACUACAGAUGCAUAUUGUGUGGCAAAGUACGGGCAGAAAUGGGUUCGUACCCGCACAAUCAUCGACAGCUUCACUCCGAGAUGGAACGAACAGUACACCUGGGAGGUGUUCGAUACCUGUACUGUUAUUACAAUUGGUGUGUUUGAUAACUGUCACUUGCAUGGCCCAGACAAGGGGGGAGGAGCUAAAGAUUCGAGGAUCGGGAAGGUUAGGAUCCGGCUCUCGACUCUCGAGACUGAUCGGGUCUACACACACUCGUACCCUCUUCUGGUACUGCAUCCAAACGGGGUCAAGAAAAUGGGCGAGAUUCACUUGGCCGUGAGAUUCACCUGCUCUUCCCUGAUCAACAUGAUGCACAUGUAUUCACAUCCCCUCCUGCCGAAAAUGCAUUACAUCCAUCCUUUGACGGUUAGCCAGCUCGAUAACUUGAGGCAUCAAGCCACCCAGAUCGUCUCGAUGAGGCUGCACCGGGCUGAGCCGCCGCUGAGGAAAGAGGUUGUGGAGUAUAUGCUGGACGUGGGUUCGCACAUGUGGAGCAUGAGGAGAAGCAAGGCUAACUUCUUCAGGAUCAUGGGAGUUCUAAGCGGGCUAAUAGCUGUCGGGAAAUGGUUUGAUCAGAUUUGCAACUGGAAGAACCCUAUCACGACGGUCUUAAUCCACAUCCUGUUCAUCAUACUCGUGCUCUACCCCGAGCUCAUCCUGCCCACCAUUUUCCUCUACCUCUUCUUGAUCGGUGUCUGGUACUACCGGUGGAGGCCGAGGCAUCCUCCUUACAUGGACACUCGUCUCUCUCACGCCGACUCUGCCCACCCGGACGAGCUCGAUGAAGAAUUCGACACCUUCCCUACUUCCCGGCCCUCGGAUAUCGUCAGGAUGAGGUAUGACAGGCUUCGUAGCAUAGCCGGGAGGAUUCAGACAGUGGUGGGCGAUCUUGCCACGCAAGGGGAAAGGUUUCAGUCUCUACUGAGCUGGCGCGACCCACGAGCCACUGCCCUUUUCGUCAUAUUCUGCCUGGUCGCCGCCAUCGUCCUGUACGUCACGCCGUUCCAGGUCGUGGCCCUCCUGACCGGCUUCUACGUGCUGAGACACCCCAGGUUCCGACACAAACUCCCUUCUGUUCCUCUCAACUUCUUCAGGAGACUGCCGGCAAGAACCGAUUGCAUGCUCUGAUCGCAAAAAAAAAAACAGAAGCCAGAGGUAAGGGCUCUUUUCGGAUCUAAAGCCCUGAAUCCAAUUCGUUUCCUUUUUCAAGUUAAAUAUCCUGCUUGAGAUGAUGUGUUUUAUUACAUUAGAACUUCAAAAAAAAAAACAUUCUCAUGAAAGAAGCAAGAGAUUCUCUGCGUGAAUUUUCGUUUUUGUAAUUCGUAUGUUUGAAUUCUAAUUUAUUUUUGUCGAAUUUUUCUGGUUC